GUAGUUUGUCAAAUUCAGUUCUGUGUUGUCUGUCGAUUCGGCCGUGUGUGUUGUUUCCCGUGUGUAAACUCGCUCGCGGUGCCCGUGGUUUUUCCUCCCAGCCAUCAUCACACUAUAGAACAAUAAUUGGUUGGCUAUUCUGUUUCAAUAGUAAGUGUUGGCAUUCAUCACCAGCCUAGCCUGCGUGGAAAAUAAAAUACUCUGGAUCCUUGUCGGUAGCGUCGCGGACGGUUCCUUCUUCAGUGUUCUCCAUAAUCUUUCCAGAAAGUGUCACAGAAGAAGCAGACAUCAUUCCCGUGCGUGUGUGUAUGAGCGCAUUGUACCGUAGUGUUUUUGUCCGUCGUGGAUCCUGGGUGGAAUACCUAUCCGUAGUUUUUGUGAGUAAAAUCGAAAUUAUCGCGGCUGCGACGGGCACGAGGAGGUGAAAUAGAAAGAAAAGUUUGUCGCACAAACGAAACGCCUCAGCCAGUCAGUGAUUGCGAGGAAAAAAUCGGGCUCCUGUUUUUCUCGUGUUUCCCACCGCCCCCCGUGUAUGUGUAUGUUGUGUGUGGUGGACGAGAGCCAUCCAAGUGGCAAUCGCGUGUCGUAAAUUUAGUAAAAGUUGAAAGCUUUUCCGAUUUUUCCAUUCCGGCGGAGGUGAAUUGCAAUUGAGCAGAAGAGGAGAAGCAGCAGCAGCAGCACCAGGGAGAGGAAGUAAAACAACCCAAUUGCCGUGGCAAAGCAGGCAGUCAGUCGGGCGGCAGCAGUCCUCUCGACGGGCAUCGGUUUCCACAUAUAUUUUUUUCGCUAACUGAACCGUGGCUCCACGGUCUUCCGUGGUGUGACAACGACGGAGUCAACCGCAGGAGCCAAACCACCGCCGACGCUGCCACUACCGCCAGAAGUGACUGGUACGCAGUACAACACAUUCGGGCAAGGACAACACAGACACGGACAACAACACGGAGGAGAGGAGCGACGAUGGAGGUAAGCAAUCACACAACUUCGACCCUAAGUCGGAGCAAUAGUCGGACAAGUUCAAACUCCGAACUCGAGAAAGAGCUGAUCGAUCUGGAAAUCAGUGGCACCAACAACAAAUCCAGUACACUCAAAAAACGGAUCUCAAGCAGCCGGACGCCGGCGAAAAAGGCCAGGCGAAUACGGUUUUUUCGGAACGGCGACAAGUUCUAUUCCGGUAGUAUCAUACCAGUAUCGGGGGAGAGAUAUAGGUCAUUUGAUAGUCUAACAGAGGACCUAACGAGACUGUUAGAGGAUAGUGUUACGCUGACGGGCGCCAUCCGGACAAUUUACACCCUCGAUGGGAAGAAGGUGGACAAACUCGAAGACCUCGAGGAUGGUAAAAGCUAUGUAUGUUCCUGUAAUAAUGAAGGUUUCAAAAAGAUAGAUUACAAUGCUACCAAUAGUAAUCCAGCUGCAAAGAAUACAAAUAGACUGUCUAGACUAAUACGUCCAGUAUCGCCAAUCAAAAAUGGCUCCAACGGUACGGCACCUCUCAAAGAAAUUAGCUCCGUUGUACAUCCUAGGCUCGUAACCCUAAUUAGGAACGGCGUGAAGCCUCGUAAGAUUCUUCGAUUGCUGCUGAACAAGCGCAACAGUCCAACGUACGAACACGUGCUGCAGGCGAUCACGCAAUGCGUCAAACUGGACACCGGCUGUGUGCGGAAGGUAUUUACCCUAACGGGGGCGCCGGUGCUCAAGCUAGCAGAUUUCUUCGGCGAAGAGGAUGUCUUCUUUGCGUACGGGAACGAGCGGGUCGGCAACGAUGACUUCGAACUGGAGGCGGACGAGCGGAAAACAAUCCAAACUAAUAAGAAAACCCUGCGGAGCAAUACGACCCGGACGGGACCGAAGCCCAAGAUGCCCAUCAAGAGCCACAACGAUACCUUUGUGUGCGUAGAUGAAACGGUGCUCAAUGGGGUUAUUUCGCCGGACUCGUUGCCGCUGGAGCUGCAGAGCAAGUACACGCUCGGGUCGAUAAUUGGUGACGGUAACUUUGCAGUGGUAAUAAAGCUAAAGGAUCGAUCAACGAGCAUUGAACAUGCACUGAAAAUUAUCGACAAAUCAAAAUGCUCCGGCAAGGGUCACUACCUGGCAGCGGAAAUUCGCGUCAUGAAGAAGCUGAACCAUCCCUACAUCAUCCAACUGAUACAGGACAUCGAAACGAUGAACAACAUGUAUCUGGUGCUGGAGCUGGUCCGCGGUGGCGAUCUGUUCGAUGCCAUCACGAGGGUAACGCGGUUUUCGGAAAAUCAGUCCAAGAUCAUGAUGAAGCACCUGGCGUCGGCCAUGUCGUACAUGCACGCCCUCAGCAUCGUGCAUCGGGAUAUCAAACCGGAAAAUCUGCUGGUUGAAUUGGACAAAGACGGCAAUGUUGUACUGCUGAAAUUGGGUGAUUUUGGGCUGGCAUGUGAAGUUACCGAACCACUGCUAUCGGUAUGCGGGACGCCAACCUAUGUGGCACCGGAAAUCCUGAUGGAAACUGGCUACGGCGUGAAGAUUGAUGUCUGGGCAGCCGGUAUCAUCCUGUACAUUCUGCUGUGCGGUUUUCCACCAUUCGUAUCACCGGACAAUCAACAGGAGCAACUGUUCGAUGCCAUCCUGAAUGGUUUCUUUGACUUCCCGGCGCCGUACUGGAACAACAUCGGCGACAGCGUGCGGGAUCUGAUAAUCAACAUGCUGCAGUCCGAUCCGGAGCUGCGAUUUUCCAGCGAAGACAUUCUCGACCAUCCCUGGCUCACCAGCAACGUGGUGGACGACACUCGAGAUCCCAACGGGUACCGAAUCAUCUCCAAUCUGGUCUAUUAGAAGUUGCCCUCUCUUAGACAUCCCCUCCCUCUACUGUGUCUGCUGCGAGCGCGUGUGUGGUUGUGAGCGUUUGUGCGUGUGCGAAAGAAGGAGUGAGUGUGUUUACUAAGUUAAGCGAAUCUAUACUUGUGUAAAUCACAAUCUGCAAAUUUUAUGUUCUAGAUAGUCACCAAAAUUUCUGUGAUGAUUAAGUUGCAUUAGUUGUGCACGGAACCAGGAUGCUUUUUCUUUGAUAUAUUUCGCUUCCACCCAAACCGCUAGUAUUUCCUUUUUCGUUUGCUUUAUACUUAUGUGAUGAAUCGACCACAACCGGGCCCCACUGCACGAAAUUCUACAGCACUAUUUAUUAAACAAUAAAAUAUUGUACAUAGCAUGAUUAACAUAGUCAUUUUUUACCUCUAUCAUACAUGUUAUUCCCGUUUUUUUUCCAUUCUCUAUUCCAUAUCAGUACCGCAUGAGAUAGCAAGCGAAGAGGCAGUGAUGUUUAUGGAUGAAGAUACUCUUUAGACGAAGAAAAAUGAAUUAAAAAUCAAGAAAACGCCAAAAAAGUGAGUUAUUGUACUUGAAUUGCAUGUUUAGGAACAAAAUCGAAUGCUGCGCGUGUAUGUUGUGUAGUCCUACUUAUGAUGGCAUCGGAAAAGCGCUUGUCUAUAUUCAGUGUGUCUCCCGGCAGGCUACUGCCUACCGAGUAAUCAAAUCAUUCUGUACAUAUAGGUAAUUUAAGGUAUUUAUAAAGCAAACACAGUAAACCACUACACACUGCUUGCAACUACUACCUACUGCAGUUAGGAAACAUUUGAAACACAUCCACUGGAUUGUACUAUCUUGUCCCCCCGCUGCUUUAUAACUAGGCUAGAGAGAAGCAACAGAAAAAUGUCAUCACGCGAAACCUUCACAGCUCCACAGAAAGUAUAUAUUUGUUCGUUCGUUGUAAUUAUUGCUGUUGGCAAUUGCAGAAUUUUAUUCAUUUGAAUAACCUUAAGCAAGCUUAUUUAUUAGAUAUUAGGUUGAUGUUAGCUCAAUUUAUGUGUUGACCCUGGGGUGGUGGUGAGACCAGUCCAGAAAGAAUCGAAAGCAGUCGGUCGGAAGCGCCCCAAAUUUCGAACCUUUGGUUCUGAUUUAUUUCCAUUAGCUUUUCCGGUAACCAUGUUUCACACACACACACACACACAGAAAAAAGUUUGAUAUUCGUUUUGUUUGUAAGAGUCAUUUUGUAGAGCACGCGUUGAUAGUGUUUAGUUUAUAUCCUUUCCUUUCUUUUUUGUUUAAGUUUGAUUCGUUAAGUCACGCGAGAAAGGAGAAAACAAACAGUCGAAUAUGAAGUGCAUACACGUAGGAUAUUAGGGUAUGACGAAUUGUAGAAAUUGGACGAAAGGUUUUUUUUUGGCUUAAAAUACAUGAAUGCAUACACACCCGUAUACAAAACAAUUACAAAGGUUUGAUUUAUUGUUUAUGCUUGUUUUUGUUUCGAAAUCCUUACACACGUAAAAUAAGUGCAGCAGGAUCU